ACUUGUUUAGUGUCAUAAAAAUAGUUAUAAAAUGUGAAUUUAUCAAACAAUAGUUUUCAUAUUUGUUUGAAACUCAAAGAACAAAUCAAUAUGGUGAAAAUAUGCGGACGCCGUUAUUGUAAAGUUAUCCUUCUCACUUCGUUAUGCUGGGUCAUGCUUGAUGUGAUAUUAAUCUUUAAUUAUACGGACUGUUCUUCCAACUGUUCUCAAAAAAAUACACGAAAUAGCGGCGGUGGGGGUGCUGCCGACUUCAUUGCUAAGAAAGUCCAGGAAAUUGGAAAUGCUCUUCCUGUUUUCAGUAAUCCUAGGGGUCCAGGAGAAAUGGGCAAAGCAGUUCACAUACCUAAAGACAAAGAGGAAGAGAAAAAAGAAAAGUUUAAAAUAAACCAAUUUAACCUGCUUGCAUCAGAGAUGAUUUCUGUUAAUCGUUCACUUCCUGAUGUUCGUAUGAGUGGAUGCAAAUCAAAGGUAUAUCCUGUGAAAGAUCUCCCGAAAACAUCUGUCAUUAUAGUGUUUCACAAUGAAGCUUGGUCAACGCUGCUUCGUACAGUUCAUAGCAUCAUCAACAGAUCUCCGAGGCAUCUUCUAGAAGAAAUUGUACUAGUAGAUGAUGCGAGUGAACGGGACUUUCUUGGCAAGAAAUUAGAGGUUUAUAUGAGUAAAUUACCUGUUACUGUUAGAGUCGUUAGAAUGGGCAAAAGGUCGGGACUUAUUCGGGCCAGAUUGAAGGGUGCUGCUGUGUCAGUGGGCCAAGUUUUAACUUUCUUAGAUGCUCACUGUGAAUGCACAGAAGGCUGGCUUGAGCCUUUGCUUGCUGAAAUAGUAAAAGAUUCGUCCACUGUUGUUUGUCCGAUUAUAGAUGUUAUUAGCGAUGAUACUUUUGAAUUUAUGGUGGGUUCGGACAUGACAUAUGGUGGCUUUAAUUGGAAGUUAAAUUUCCGGUGGUAUCCAGUGCCGCAGCGUGAGAUGGAUCGGCGUAACAAUGACCGAUCCUUACCUGUUAGAACACCUACCAUGGCUGGUGGAUUGUUUUCUAUAGAUCGGGAUUAUUUUGAAAAAAUUGGAACUUAUGAUCCCGGAAUGGAUAUUUGGGGAGGUGAAAAUUUGGAGAUUUCUUUUCGUAUUUGGCAAUGUGGUGGUACUCUUUUGAUUGUUACAUGCUCUCAUGUCGGGCAUGUAUUUCGUAAAGCUACUCCAUACACGUUUCCUGGAGGAACUGGACAUAUAAUUAACAAAAAUAACAGAAGACUUGCUGAAGUUUGGAUGGACGAUUAUAAAAAUUUCUUUUACAUUAUUUCUCCUGGCGUACUCAAACAAGAAUAUGGUGAUGUCAGUGAAAGACUGAGGCUACGAGAAAAAUUACAUUGCAAGCCUUUUAAAUGGUAUCUUGAGAAUAUUUAUCCAGAUUCUCAAAUACCUUCUACCUACAAGUCUCUUGGUGAAGUCAGAAAUGAAAAUUCUGGGCUGUGUUUGGAUACAAUGGGGAGAAAGGAAAAUGAGAAGUGUGGCAUAUUUAGUUGCCACAAUAUGGGUGGAAAUCAGGUUUGGGCUUACACUCACAACAAAGAAAUACGAUCCGAUGACAUAUGCCUCGAUGUGGCAAAAAGGAAUGGCCCAGUCAUGAUGGUGAAAUGUCAUCAUAUGAAAGGAAAUCAAUUGUGGGAAUACGAUGACUCAACUAAAACUCUACGGCAUGCUAACACAGGACAGUGUAUGUCUAAAAUGCCGUCUGAUUCACAAGUUCCUUCGAUGCAUGAAUGUAACUCUGAUGAUCCGAAUAUGAAAUGGUUACUAAAAAACACCAGCCUACCUAGAUGAUCACGGUGAUCAAUUUCAGCAGAAAAGAAAAAUAACUUCAAAUAGUCGGCACUUUGUUGAAAAAGUGGGAUAUAUCUGAUAACACAAGAACUAUAAUGAAAUAUUUUGGUGUUAAUUUAUAGUUUGCUUUUAGUUAAAGAAAAAUAAACCAUGCACAAAUCCUUGAGGGUUUAUCAAAAUUUACAUUAGCAUGAUGGUUUGGCACAAAUAGAAAUGAUUAUGCCAUAGCAAUAUAAUGAACCUAUUAUUCAAAGCAUUCAUUUUAAAUAAUAUAGAAUGAAUUUAGUUACAGCUUUCAAAUCGAAAAUGCAUUAACUAAACUAUAUUAAUUUAAAUUCUGGAUUUGUAAAAUAAAAACUUAUUGUGUAAUAAAAUUAUGUCUAUUUUUUCAAUAGAUAUUUCUGUCCCUUUGCGUGAAUUGAAUGUUGAAUUUUCUGUUAUACGGUACCUUUCGAUUUAUAUCAAUGCAGUACUAUCUGGUUUCUAAUAAAGGAAGUCCAAACUAGGAUCAAGCUCAAGAUAUUUUUGGAAUUUUAUUAUAUUAGAGUUUCAUUGUUUUUCACUUGUCUGUAUCUAAAAUUGAUAAAGUAUAAAUAGACCUGAACUUUAUAUUCUUUUAUUAUGUUAAUGGACCGAUAUUUCCCUAUUUACCAUACUAGACUGUCUGUAAUUCAAUAUUGUUACCAAUACGCCCUCGACACUUACAAUAGACAAACUUAUUAUGCGUUUUUUACAACUGUAGUGCUAUGAAAUCUAUUUGCAGAUUUAUAAUCAAGCAAGUUCAUUGACAAUGGUCUUCAUUUCAUAAAACCUCCUUUAGUUCUGUAUUUUUGUGCUUUCAUUUUAAUUGCGGGAAUAUGCAUAUUAUGGUCUUGUAUCAAGUUGUAUUGUAAUUUGUUACCUUUUUGGUAUUAUAUCUAUUGAUAUUGAGUGAUCAUGUUUUUUAAAUAUCAGGCUUGGUUUUGGUUUAAAAAAGAAUUUGCAUUGCUUUGUUGCUCCAGCUGAAAAUAUCACUGUACUGAGUCAUAUCAUGCAACAAACCUAUUUAUUUUUAUCUUCACAAGUUUUUGUUUAUACAUUAUAAUAGUCUCAUUAUA